GAGAUCCAUCAUGGCGCUGACGCUGCUCGCCUGAGAGUUACAGUGCGAAACCCCGGAGAAUCCAGCUAGUUCAGGUCGCUUCCAUUCACCGAGGGCACAAUAACGCAGAUUCACCGUCUGAAGCUGCUGGAGAUGAAGGGGAAGGAGCGGUCGCCAGUUAAGAAACGCUCCCGGGCGCUGGACGACAGCAGAGACCGAGGAGGGAGCCACCCGAGCGGCAAGAAGAGCGGCGCCCUGUCGACGGUCGGUAGCAACAACAGCAACGGCUCCAUACACAGCGCUGCCUCCUCCAGGAGAAGUUUACACGGAGAGAAAAGAGACGCGAGGGACCCGGACGGACACAACUCCUCCGGCAGGAGCGGCAGCGGCUACGACUACCGAGUUAUCCCGGGGAACAAGCCGCACGUUGGCGCUGACAUCGCCGCGGAAGUAGCCAGAUCCUCCGCCUCAUCACGCUGCGAGCCGCGGCCUCCGUCGAACCCGGAAAGUGAGUACAAAACUCUGAAAAUCAGCGAACUGGGCUCCCAGCUGAACGACGAGGAGAUCGAGGACGGGCUGUUUCACGAGUUUACGAAGUUUGGGGACGUGAGUGUUAAGAUGAGCCGAGAGAACGACGAGCGGGUGGCGCUGGUGAACUUCAGGAGGCCCGAGGACGCCCGGGCGGCCAAACACGCCCGCGGCAAACUGGUGCUGUACGACCGGCCCCUGAAGAUAGAGACUGUGUACAUGAACCGACGGAGGAGCCGCUCCCCUGUUUCAAAAGACAGUUUCCCCGCAGGACACAGGCACCUCCACUCCCAGAGACCGCUGUCCCCCACUGGUAUGGGCUUCAGAGACUACCGGUUACAGCAGCUGGCUCUAGGCCGUCUCCCUGCUCCUCCACCUCCUCCUCCUGUUCCUCCACCACCUCACCUCAGAGAGCUGGAGAGAGAGAGAGACUUUCCUGUGUACGAGGCCAGGAGCCGACCGCCCUUCGUCCCUGAAGGGGCUGUUUUCCGUGAAAAGGACCCGAUGACCCCUGAGGAUGACCAGAGGGCAAACAGGACGUUGUUUCUGGGCAACCUGGACGUCAGCGUGACAGAGAGUGACCUGAGGCGGGCGUUCGACAGGUUCGGCGUGAUAACAGAGGUGGACAUAAAGCGGGCGGUGAGAGGCCAGAGCAACACCUAUGGGUUCAUGAAGUUUGAGAACCUGGACAUGGCUCACCGUGCCAAAGUAGCAAUGUCAGGGAAAGUGGUUGGCCACAACCCCAUAAAAAUUGGCUAUGGUAAGCCCACGCCCACUACCAGGCUGUGGGUGGGGGGUCUUGGACCCUGGGUUCCUCUCGCUGCUCUGGCCAAGGAGUUUGACCGUUUUGGCACCAUCAGGACCAUAGACUACAGGAAAGGUGAGGUGUGGGCUUACAUCCAGUACGAAAGCCUGGACGCUGCUCAGGCUGCAUGUACUCACAUGAGGGGCUUCCCUCUCGGCGGCCCUGACAGGAGACUCAGGGUGGACUUUGCAGAAACAGAAGUCCGCUAUCAGCAGCAACAGUUUAUGCAGCUUCCUCUGCCGCACUAUGAUUUAGUUUCUGAGCCCUUUGUCCACCGUCUCACUGACCCGGUGAGAGUGAGAGACAGGUCCCCUCCACAUCCCGCCCGCUUCAGAGACAGAGAUCCGUAUGCCACAGCUGAGUGGUCGGGCCUGGCUGUCCACGACAGGAUGCGAGGACCAGCCUUCGAUCCAGUGGACCGUCUGGAGAGGCGUUCACGGGAGCCCUGGACAAUAGAGCAAGAACGAGAGCUGCAAAGCAGAGAUCUGGGCCGCAAAAGGAGACCUAUGAACGAUGGCUGGUGGUUGGAACCUUCACCUGAUGGCUGCGACUUUGGUCUGCGUCGGCAUGGCAACUCACUAGAACAAAGCCCAGAAGGGAGCAACCGAGAUGGGGUGCGCCACGGUGACCCAGAACGCCUGCCUCGCCCUGGCAGACCCUCCCCUGUUAGAGAGAGGCAGAACACUCAGGACACCGGCUGUGGAGACAAGAGAAGGAGAACACUGAGCCCAACUGAGCCGGGCUCAUUCUUGGAUAAAGACCACAAACGCAGAGCUAGUGACUCAGCCAAGAGCCCAUUAAAGAAGGAGGUUCGCUCAGAUCAACCCUCCUCUUCCUCAAAGACCAAGGGGAUGGCUGAAGGACAGAAGCUGAGCCAGGUCUGGCAGGGUGUCCUCCUGCUGAAGAACAGCAGCUUCCCCACAUCACUGCACCUGUUGGAGGGCGACAUCGCAGUGGCUACCAGUCUUCUAGUGGACGGCUCCACCCGGGGUCAAGUGUCCCAGCUGAAGAUCAGCCAGCGCCUGCGCCUGGACCAACCCAAGCUUGAGGAGGUCUCUCGUCGAAUCCAGGCCACCAGCUCCAGCGGAUACUCCAUCCUCCUGGCCAUGCCCGGAAAGGACGGAGGGGUCCAGGAUGCCAGCAACCCCAACGAGAGACCACUGAAGAACCUGGUGUCCUACCUGACGCAGAAGGAGGCGGCCGGCAUAAUCAGCCUCCCUGUGGGGGGCAGCUGUGACAAGGACCACGGAGGAGUCCUUCAUGCUUUCCCCCCAUGUGAGUUCACACGGCAGUUCAUGGAUGCCUCUGCCAAAGCUUUUGCCAAAUCAGAGGAUGACUACAUGGUGAUGGUCAUAAUCAGAGGAGCUUCAUGAAAGAAAAAAAUGUAUGAAUAUGUCUUUUCACACUCAUGAACUGUUACACCGUGAGUUGGAAAAACAGGGAAAUGACAGAGCAGAAUAAGAGGAAAUGACAGGGCUCAGAUUUUUAUGUUCUCUAUCCUGCAGAGUGGCCUGUUUCUCAUCCUGAAAGCUACUGAACAGGUCUUGACAAAUUGAUAGGUUUGAUUAUAUAAUACAGGUGACAUGUUGCCUUCUGCUCCUAAAUUACCAUAUAAAUGUACAUUACUUGAAGGGUACUCUGCUGAAAGAGCAAGCUACAGUUCUGUGAAUCAUUACUAUACGUGAAUCAUAACUAUAUGUUGCCUUAUUCCAUUCAAAAAGAGUUUUCUUAUAUAGUUUCAUGAAUUGCCUGAAAAAAAUAUUUAAACUCCAAAACAACAUUCAGAUUUCAUUUGAUCUUUACUCAGCUUAGAUUUAUUCUUUCCCGUUUUUACAAAGAUUUUUUGCAGUUGGGCUUCAAAAUAAUUCAACUAAUGUAAGUAAGCAUUUCCUCUAGCUUUACCCAUUGCUCAACAAUAACUUUUUGCUGACAAAGUAAGAAUCUAUUUCGUCAUUUCAUUAUGAGAGUUUGCUGUUAUUGUCACGUCUGGUAACUUCUGCUUAAAGCUACAGAAAAUAUGUAAAAGUCUUUACAGUUUUAUAAGGUUUAUAGUUUAAAAUGCAGUUAUGUCAGUGCGCCUCUCUGAGCCACAUCUGGAGGUUAUGUGACAGUACGAGAUGAAAUGAAUUUAGUAUUUGCCGUCUGUUUUUCACAGUGUUCACUGAACAUCCAUGUGUAUGGUGAGGACACAAGCAAAAUGAGCCUGUACAUUGUAAUGCAGCCCAGCACAUUCCUCCAACUAAAAACUAGAAUAUCGCUCGGAAGAGCACAAACCUCCGCCAAGGCCCAACAGUGCAGUUAAAUCAAGCUGGACCUAAUUGCUAACACUCAUAGAUCAUCAGUUCCCUGAAUAUUCCAGUUUUUUCCCCAUCCAUGUAGAUCUGUCUAUUAUUCUCUGGUAAAUUGGUGGAAAAAAACCCAACUAUACAUUGCAAAUUAAAAGAAGGUAAUGGAAAAACAUCCCCGGGAUCUGCCCCUUUGUUCAGAUCUGCACCAAUAUUUAAUGUGCUCUCUAUUGGCUCCAGUCCCAACCUUCAAUCAAGUUUCGUGUAAAUCUGUUCAGUAGUUUGUGCUUUAUUCCUACAAACAAAUAGACAGGGGACAGGAAAACAUCAGAUCCUAGAAGAUGAAAAUUGUGUUUUUGUAAACCUUGUUCAAUUUUUUUUUUAGAACCGCAGACUUCUCAGCUCUGUACAUAUUGACAUCAUGGUUUAGUCUUGUUUUUUUGGUCUGCAUCAGCCACCACGUAUAUUUAUAAUUGAUUAUUUGGUUUAUAAACCAUAUGUUGUCUUCAGAGUGAUGCUCUUUUUCACUGUUUUUUUAACUCUUUAUCAUGGCAGUAGAAGAAAAGCAGGAAAUAUUCACAUAGGAGAAACUCAAACCAUCAAGAGGUUUUAAUUUAUAAUUUCAGCAAUAUUAUAAGAGUGGACAAAACUUGCCAAAGUCUAAAGAAAAUGUAAUAUUACCAGCUCUACUGGGCUAAUACAUACCGUUAGUCCCUCAAUCUGAAAUGCAUUGUAACUCAGGGUUCCUUUUACUUGUGUCCUCUCCCUUUGUCAGUGUUGUCCUAUCAGCAUCGCACUCAAUAUGGUUGAACAGUUAUUGUUUGAUUGAAUUCUACACUUGUUCUCUUGUUAAAAAAAAACCCUAUUACAUUAUAAUCCACUGAUUACACCAGUUACCCCAACAAAGCAUGUACUGUUAAAAAGAGAGGAUGUAACCUAUAAAUGAAGAGUUAUAUGUAUUCCAUGCACAUUUCUAAUAGCCGGUCCAAAGUCGAUAUGUUGAAAAUACUUCCAAGCUAUCAGUGAACUUUCACCUUCCUCUGAAAGGACUGUGAAUGAUCAGUUUUUUGUGUUUUGAUUUGAGUACUGUGUUUCAAAUGGAGAAAAAGAAAUGAUUUGUGCUGUAUACUCAGGAUAUCUGGAGAGACAUGGAGAACAUCAAUGCUCAUGGGCCUAAGAAGUAUACGUAACUGUCAGGAAAAAAGAAACGCAAAGUGCAUCACGCACUUGAUAGAUUUUUGUCUCAAUAAAUUCACCUUUUCGUGGGAAACA